UACGUGGGACUGGUGGGGGUAAUGGGGCCAUGUGGGUGCUAUGGGGCCCUGCGGGGCACCUCUGGGCACUACAGGGGUUGUGGGGUCUGCAGGUGCCGGGGGCCGCGCGGUGCCAGCCGGGUGUUGGGGUUGGAGCUGCACCCCGAAGGCCGAGAGCUCUUCGUCGCCUUCUCAGGGUGCAUCGUGCGACUGCCCCUGAGCCGCUGCACCCGGCACGGGCAGUGCCGCCGGAGCUGCCUGGCGGCGCGGGACCCCUACUGCGUCUGGCUGCCCCCCGGGGGCUGCGUCCCCUUCUCUGAGGACCUCCCGGACGGCUUUGAGCAGGACGUGGAGGGGUCCAGCGGGCUGACGGGGACCUGCCCAGGUGAGGGGACACUGGGGGACAUCUGGGGAUGUGGGGUCAUGGGGGGAUGCAGAUGGCAUCAAGGGGGGCAGCUGGGGACAUGGGGGACAG